AUGGCCUCCUACACUUGCAUCAGCUGUCGAGUGGCUUUCGCAGAUGGCGAGGUGCAGCGAGCACACUACAAAACCGACUGGCACCGCUACAACCUGAAGCGCAAGGUGGCCGACAUGCCACCUGUCACUGCUGAAAACUUCCAGGAGCGCGUCCUGGCGCAGAGGGCCGCUGCCGAACAGCAUCUGGAUGACGCAGCGGUCACAGAGGCCUGCACCGUCUGCAACAAGAAGUUCUCCAGUGCCAACGCCUACCAGAACCACCUGCAUUCCCGCAGACACCAGCAGGCCGAGAGUCAGGCCCUGCUCGCUGCCCAGAGGAAAGUGGAGAGGAUGAACGAGAAGAACCUGGAAAAAGGACUUGGCGACGAGAAGGUGGACCACGAUGCCAGGAACGAGGCCCUGCAGCAAGCCCUGAAAGAGCAGCACAGAUCAAGCCUGGCCAAGCAAGAGAAGGCCCAGACAUCACAAGGAGCGACGAAGCAGAGGACAGAGAGGCCGGACAAACCUCCCCGGAUGAUGUGGCUGGAGGAGCAAGCCAAGAGACGAGAGAGAGAAGAGGGAGCCGAAGCUCAGGAAGAAGAGUGGGAGGAUGUUGACGAGGAAGACGACGACGACGACGAUGAUGAGAUGGAGGAGGAUGAAGAUGAAGAGGAGACAAUGGACCAGGAGGAAGGAGACUUGGCGGCUCUGUCUGACCCCCAGCCAGCUUCCCUGCCAGGCUCCAUCCCCAUCAGCGACUGCCUGUUCUGCUCACAUCACUCAAAGUCACUCAUGAAGAACGUCACCCACAUGACCAAGGUCCACAGCUUCUUCAUCCCUGAUGUGGAGUUCCUUGUCGACCUCAAGGGCCUCGUCCGUUACCUCGGAGAAAAAGUUGGUGCCGGGAACGUGUGUUUAUGGUGUAACGAGAAGGGGCGUUCGUUUUACUCGACAGAGGCGGUACAGAGUCACAUGACAGACAAAAGCCACUGUAAACUCUUCACAGACGGCGAUGCUGCUCUGGAGUUUGCAGACUUCUAUGACUUCAGGAGCAGCUACCCUGACAGAAAGGAGGGAGAGGAUUCUGAAAUGAACGAAGAGCUGCCCGACGACAAGAACUUGGAGUACGACGACGAAACGCUGGAGCUGAGUCUGCCGUCAGGUGCUAAGAUCGGCCACCGCUCCCUCAUGAGGUACUACAAACAGCGAUUUGGAGUUCAGCGAGCGGUGGCUCUGACCCACAAUAAGAACGCUGUUGGCAGAGUCCUGCGGCAGUACAAGGCCCUGGGCUGGGGAGGAGAUGGAGGAAACCGCUCCUUGCAUCAGAAACAGAGAGACAUGCAGUACGUACAGAUGAUGAAGUCAAAAUGGAUGCUGAAGAUGGGCGUGAGCAACAACGCCACCAAGCAGAAGCACUUCAGAGUCCAAGUCAUCUUCUAAGCUCGGGCUGGAGGCGGCCAGAUGUGCCGUGAAACGUGACGUGGACCGGUCACGUCGUUGCCGUUUUCCAGCCGACAGGACUUUUGAGUACAGAAUCAAGUACAGCUCCAGAAACUGUGGUUACAUGCACCGUGGCAGAAAGAAGUAUCAAACCUGUUGAUCACCUGAUAUCAAUGCUGUUUUGCGUUUAAAGUAAAUGCAGCUCUGUUGAUUUGAGAUUUGAUAACUGCAGCAAAAACCCUGAAAGGUAGAAAUCUUUAGCAACUUUACUUCUAAGAUUUCGAUUAUGAAGAGCAGUUAUAUCACUUUUUUUUUUUUUUUCAAAUUUCCAACUUUCAGACAUCUCUGUAAUGUUUGCAGUAAAGCUGCUUGACAUUGACUUGUGGUAGGGAUCCACGUGGAAACUCUGACAUCUCAGCAACCGAACUGCAAAAACAACCACUUGGGUGAAGAUCAAGGGCAUGAGUCACAGUUACCGAAUUACUUUACAAGCUAUGUGGAUCAUGUAGAGGCUACAGUAUAUCAAUAUUAAGGAGGUGGUCUUAACAUUUUAGACUCUUCAGUUGCAUAACACAAUAUUUUUUUUAGACUAAUGAAAGGACUACAUCUACAUGAUUCAGCAUGCUCAUAAUACAUCCAGCUAAAUAAAUUUAUUUCAUAUUUCUUGGAUACAUGGCAGUCUUCCUUAAAUGGAGUAAAAUAAUUGUUAUUAACUAUCUUACACUUCGUUUUCAGGUGGAAGAACCUGAUUCGGCGCCAAAACUCUGCGGCUACGAGCCGCGUCCUAGACAGAAUGUCCCUUAAAUGUUUUGCUCUUUUGCGAUUAAAACAUUAGCAGGAUUCAAUGCGGACGGCGUGUUAACGUGGCUGAAACGGUGCAGCCACAGUAUCUGUCCUGUGAGCGCUGUAAUUCACAUUAAACACAACAAGCCAAAAUUUUGGUGUGGUGUUGACGGGGUUUAGGAUUUGUGAGAAGGCUGCAAAUCGUGUCACGUUGUCAACGGUACCCCGUAAUUUGACGAUUGGUCCCGUUUCCAGCUGAUGAGCAGAAUCCAAGUUAUAGUAGAAUUUUUCCAAACUCUUAAACACCAGGAGGAGGAAAAAGAAAAAGAGAAGAAGUUGGCUUGUUGAAAUUGCUUGAACUUUUUUUGGAUCCUUUGAAGGAAUUACAGCAAACAAAUACCAAAGAUAUGAUUGAGGUUAUCAAGAAACGGUGUCUUCAUUAUAGUUUGUCCAAGAGCAGCAACAUAAUCUUUCAGCUGUAAAAUGUCCCGUGUACUACAUGUCUGAAAUAUAAGCAAAUUUAAGGAUCUUUAUCAGAUAUGUUUGUUUAUGUAUGUACAUAACAUAUUAGCCAAUAUUGGUUUUUAUUGGGUUUUUUUUGUUUUGUUUUUGUUUUUUUUUAAACUCCAAAUACAACAAAUGUCUAGCAUACUUGUCCUUAAAAGUCCGGUAUUGGUUGGGCUUUCAUUAGCGCCUAAGCACUCUCAAAUGAAUAUGCCUGCAG